AGGAGCGCGUGCACGGUCCGAAAAUGGCACCAAACACAGUUUGGGCGAUGUCUCUACAACAGAUUAGAAUUAGUGUCUAUUGAACAUAUAGUCAGUGUUACGUGUGUAUGGAACAAAACAUGAAAUACCGCGUGAAUUUAUUGGUAAUCCAUAAUAUAAUAAAUGGAUUAUAGUGUUUUAAAAGUGGAAACCAAUUAAUAGAGCCCCCCUUUCAAUUUGUAAUCGAAGUGUUGAUAAGAUAGCAACAAUAAGCCAAGAUGUCUGUAAAGAUGACGAGGUACAAGCAAGCGGAGUUUGAAGAAGAUGACAGCAGUAGUGUGGGUUCUGUCCAGCUGACAGAAGGGGUCUCUGCCACAACCACCCACAUCAGAUAUCACACAGGGACAACACUAUGGAAGACACGGAGCCUUUUAGAGAAGUGUCUUCUGGUACUUACUGCUGUACUCUUGCUCCUUGUGUUUCUUCUUGGAAUGUUACUCAGUGCCACAGGGAGAGGAGAACCAGCUCUGCAAGUACUACAUGUUGGACCACAUACUGCAGAUGAACAGUACUGUCUUACAGUCCCAUGUGUAACAGCAGCUGCAUCUAUGCUCAGCUCUUUGGACAUGAGUGUUAAUCCAUGUGAUGAUUUUUAUCAGUAUGCCUGUGGAGGUUGGGUGAGGUCAAAUCCGAUACCAGAUGGAAAGUCUAUGUGGGGCACUUUUGGCAAGCUUGAGCAACAAAAUCAGUUAGUUGUCAAGAAUGUUUUAGAAAAACCGUUUAUUGAACUGAAAAGCAAGGCAGAAGAAAAAGCAAAAAUGUAUUACUUAUCUUGUAUGGAUUCCAAUGAAACAAUUGAGGCCCUGGGAGCAAAACCAAUGCUAAAUUUGUUGAAAAAAGUGGGUGGUUGGAACAUAUCAGCUGUAGAUGGAAAGCCAUUUAAUGUAUCAGCAUGGGAUCUCCAAAAUACCAUCCAGAUUCUGCAGAAUCGUUACAACAUGGGAGGUUUGUUCUCAUGGGCUGUAGGAGAAGAUGACCGCAACUCCAGCAGACAUGUAAUACAAAUUGAUCAAGGAGGUCUGACACUUCCAACAAGAGAUAAUUAUUUGAACAAAACAGCAAAUCAGAAGAUUCUAGCUGCAUAUUUGGAUUAUAUGACAAAGAUUGGAGUUCUACUUGGAGGAGAGGAGAAUUCAACACGUGCACAGAUGGCAGCAGUGAUUGCAUUUGAGACACAAAUUGCAGAAAUCACCUCUCCUCCAGAAGAUCGCCGUGAUGAAGAGAAACUUUAUCAUCUUAUGCCACUUAGUGAAGUGCAGCAGACAGCUCCGUUUAUGUCAUGGCAGAAAUACUUCCAAGAUGCAAUGAGUCCAACAAAGAGGAAAGUGACAGGAAAAGAGAUGGUUGUAGUAUAUGCUCCUGAGUAUCUUUCAAAACUGUCAGCAAUUGUUACAAAUUAUACCCACACAACAGAAGGGAAAAUCAUUCUGAAUAACUAUUUGGUAUGGCAGACUGUGCGCAGCUUAACUGCAUGCCUCUCAAAAGCCUUCCGGGAUGCUUACAAAGGCCUACGCAAAGCUCUGGUUGGCUCUGAAGGUGGUGAAGAGCCAUGGAGGUACUGUGUUACGGACACCAAUAAUGUACUUGGAUUUGCUAUCGGAGCUAUGUUUGUCCGAGAAGUAUUUCAUGGGAAUUCCAAACCAAUGGCUGAGGCAAUGAUCAAUGAAGUAAGGGAUGCAUUCAAAGCUAACCUUAAAAACCUUACAUGGAUGGAUAACGAAACUCGAGAUGCAGCUGAGAGUAAAGCAGAUGCCAUCACAGAUAUGAUAGGUUUUCCGAAUUACAUUCUUAACCCUGACCAACUGGAUGACAAGUACAAGGAUUUAGAUAUCAGGCAGUAUGAAUACUUCGAAAACAACCUACGUGUGAACCAAUAUAACUUACGUCGUAAUGUGGAAAAACUUGACCAGCCAGUGAACAAGACUAGGUGGGGCAUGACUCCCCCAACAGUGAAUGCCUACUACACACCAACAAAGAACCAGAUUGUAUUCCCCGCUGGAAUCCUACAGGCUCCAUUCUAUGACAUUGAGCACCCCCUGUCCCUCAAUUUUGGUGGUAUGGGUGUUGUGAUGGGUCAUGAGCUCACCCACGCCUUUGAUGACCAAGGAAGGGAAUAUGACCAAAAUGGAAACCUGCAUCAAUGGUGGAACAACGAAACCAUAGCAAAAUUUAAAGAGCGUACUGAGUGUGUGGUGGAUCAGUACUCAGACUAUGAAAUUAACAACAAACACUUAAAUGGCAGGCAAACCCUAGGAGAAAAUAUAGCUGACAAUGGAGGUUUGAAGGCAGCAUAUCAUGCAUAUUUAAAGUGGGCAUCUGCACAUCAUGAGGAAUUGCCACUUCCAGGUCUGAAUCUUACUCACAGACAACUGUUCUUUCUUAGUUUUGCACAGGUAUGGUGUUCCUCUAGUACAGAUGAGGCAACAAAUUUGCAAAUUGAGAAAGACCCCCAUUCACCAGCUAGAUUCCGUGUUAUUGGUCCACUGUCAAAUCUACCAGAAUUUUCCCAAGAAUUCUCCUGUCCAAGUGGAUCAAAGAUGAAUCCAAAAAGUAAAUGUGAAGUGUGGUGAAAUGAAGACAAGCCAGCAGCAUUUAAGAAGUGAAUGAAUUGUGUUAGCAUAACAGAAACUACAAUAUUUAUUAAGGCAAUGGUGGCAGGAAGAUAUAGCUGAGCUAUAUUGAGAAUUUUCACUGAAGAAAGUACAGGGAAAUGAUUUUUAGAAGAAUAUAUAAAUAAUAAUGACAGCAACAGUAAGGACAGUAUAUAUAUUGUUACUGACAUCUGUAAUUUGAAUGUUCAAUUUUGAAUGAUGCAUAAUUUUGGUGUUAGAAAGCAGUGACUGAGCUCUCUAUAGACGACCACUUUAUCACAUAUAUAAAAAUAUUGCAGCACUUUCAUAGUCAUAUUCAGAUUCCUUUAUUUAUUGUUCAUCCUCAAACAUUCUACUAUAAUGGAGGACAAGCCAUCAUUAGUACAUCAUACCAAGAUGUAUUAUGAAGACCUAUGAAGAACUCAACAUCCAGGAUCUAAUUUUGAUAAUAACAAUAUGUUUUUCUGGUACCUGGUAUCCAGUAAGACAACCAAAGGAUAAUUCUCAUGACCAAUAGGGUUAUUUGAAGGUUAGGUACUUCACAGGAAGGCUAGGACCUAAUUCUGUUAUCUCAAAAAUAUUAAUUUCUAAUUUUUUUUUUGCAGUGAAUAUGUCAACUGUUAGUCAUGAGGAGGAUUGGCUACAUAUUAUGUUGUUUAUUGAUACAUCCAAAGGACAGCUUAAUUGCAAAGCAUAAUAUGCGCCAUUUCAUUUUUCUGAUGCAGUAUACUGCUCAACAAAUCAAAUGUAUAUCCUAUUGAGUCCAGAAAUGAGAAACCGAAAUGUGAGGAAUAAAAUAGAAUAAAAAUGACAGCUCUUUAUUCUUCUUUAAUUACUGAAAUUAAAAGAAAUACACCAUUCACUUGUGGAGAAGGAAAUAAAUUAUAGUGUUCAGCUAAAGGUAAUAUUUAUUUUGCCUUAUCUGUUACUGCUUUGUUAAACAAUAUUCUAUGCAGAAAAUAUUUAUCCAUGAACAGUGUCACUUGAUUAAAAUUUUACAACUAUAUCAGUAAAGUUAAAUGCUUUCAAGCAUAGAACAAUAUGGAAAAGAGGAAAUAAAUACCAUGCAAUCUGGAUGAAAAUUCUUUGAGAUCUGGACUUUCCUGUACAAAAUAUGACAGAAGUCUGUAUCUUCAAAUUUCAAUAUUAAUUCUUCAGAUAUGUAAAUGUGUUUUGUAUAUCAGUUUCUGUAGGCUUUCAUAAGAGCUCCUCUUACUUUUAGCUACUACAUACAUCAUUACCUCAUGAAUGUUUGCUCUUGAAUUCAUUUUCAGCAAUCAGAAGAAAGUAAUAAUUUGAUUUGUUUUAUUGGUAUUUAUUCAGCAAUGCAGUUUUAGAAUUAUAUGUUGAUGUCGAGGUAUGUAACAGUCAUAAAAUUAGUUAGUUUUAAUACCUUUGGCUUUAUCCAUCAUCUAAGCUUUAUAUUAUGCAAUGUUUCACUAUUUCAUCUUCAGGUGGUGUUUAGGGCUGGUCAAUAUGUCUAAUGAAAAUAAAACUACUGUUCUUUCCUAUACCAGUGACUUCAGACUAGUUCUAUCUAAUGGACCAGUCACAUUUGAAGAACCAACUUUUGUCACACUGAACUUUUUAUUGAAAAACCUAGAUGAUGGAUGAUGUCCAGGAUAUUAAAACACUCAGAAAUUAGUCAUAAUGUCAGUAAGAUUUCUGUCUGAAACAUGUGCCAUAACAAUUUUUGCUUAUGAUAGUAUAACCAAGAGAGAUGUUAAGUAGAAACUGGAAUUCCACUACUUUUGUAGAUGUAUAAUAAAUUUAUUUGUAAUGUACUGAAAAUCUGGCUCACCAAGGAAAAGAGAGCUUGAAGACCAUUGAUUACCAUAAAAAGCCACAGUUAAUAAGCAGUUAAAGCUGCUCUGUCAAAAAUUAGUUCAUAUAAAAUGUCACUAACCCAGAAGUGAGUUAUUAAAUACAAAUGUGAUGAUUUUUGUGUCCAGUGAAACUAGAAGUUUAUUACUUUCUUUCUGAAGUAACGAAAUAUUUUACAUCCUUUCUCAAUUGCUUAACCGAUUUUAGUCCAUUGUGAAAAGGGGAGAAGAGAGGGCUACAGCUUACAUUUUGCAAUAUAUCUUGAUCAUGAAAUAUUUUCCUUUUUGCAUUUGUGUAGAAGAUUUUGAUUAUAUUUUGAAUUAAAUAAGCAUAACGCAAGUCUGAAGCCAUAUAGGUAGAGGGGGUAAGAAAUGAAGGUUGCUGAAUGUUGUCUUAACAUUGAAAUCCUAAUAGAAAAUGACACCUGUUCCACAUUCUUGGAUUCUAUUUGUUAUUACUACCACCAGAUAUUUUGAAUAAUGGAAACUGCCCACGUGCACAUGUAUAAGCCUUUUUUUCUCUCUCGUCCUAAGCUCAUCACUCACUUCUGAGAUAUAA